CCUCAUCCAGGUCAUAUCAACGGUUUGCAUGUACGCCUAUAAAAAGCCUUCUUGGGUUCUGACAAACAGUUGAACACAGAUCAUAUUUGCCAGAGUCAAUCUCUCAGAGAGCAAAGAGUAUCGUACCAAAGGACUGUGUGUCUGUAAAAUGCCCUGGUUGAUAGUCUCUUCAAGCCAACAGGAAAACAUAAGGAUCAUGAGCAGAAAUGAGAAACGGGGCCAGAAUAAAACUAAGGACCUCAAGAAGCAAUUAAACUGCAGAGGAAAACUUCAUCCUGGUGAAACUCUUCUGUGGUCCCAAUCACUAGAGAAUCUGCUGAAAUCUAAAUACGGAAUGGCAGCUUUUCAGGUAUUCCUCAAGUCAGAGUUCAGCAAUGAGAAUAUUGAGUUUUGGCUGAUCUGUGACGAAUACAAAAAAAUCAGGACUUCAUCCAGACUCACAUCAAGGGCCAAGAAGAUAUUUGAGAGUUACAUUGAAGCUAACGCUCCAAAAGAGAUUAACAUUGACCAUCAGACCAGAGACAUCAUCAGGCAAAAUUUGAAGUCACCCAACAUGUCCUGUUUUGAUGAGGCACAGAGGAUUGUGUACAGCCUCAUGGAGAAGGACUCUUACCCCAGGUUCCUCCGCUCUGACAUUUACAACUCUCUGAUCGCUUCAGUCUGAGACCUUAUGAAGCUGAGGACAAGUGUCCUGCCUGAUGUAAACUGGACUAUGGUUUCUAAACAGCCCUACUUGGACUAGCCAGCAACGCGACAGAUGCCAACGAAGGAGGAUUAUUAUUUUUUGUAAUUCCCUUUUUUGUUGAUGAAGCGAAGAUGGAGCACCCUGAAGGAUACAUAUGUAUGUGCGCUAGUGUGGGAGCUGCUGUUGGAGAGCCUUUCACUAUCUGCUCAUCUGCCCAAGGCCACGCUGUGUGAAUCGGAUGUGUGUGUGCGCUUUGCUCAGAGCUGACUCAGUCAACUCAACCGGUCUGCAGAAUGGUUGUGAGUGUCUGGGACUUUGUGUGCAGAAUCUUAGGGGAACUUCAAACAGGAUACUGUGUCAGUUUCGCAGAUAAACAAAAAGCCUCUUACUCACCCAGAUGGUGACAUAGUCAGAUCUCAAUUCACAUUUGGUUUUUGGCAUAGGACCAUUUCUCUGGGGUUCUUGUCUUUCAGAGUUGAUAACUCCAUUAUGAAAAAUAACAUUUGCAUUUAGCUACAUUUAUGUACAAAAUGUUGUAGUACUGUACAUAUUUUUACCAUAACCAACCAUAAUAAUUUAUAUUUACACAUAUUUAUGAUACUGAUGUGUAUGCGUUACAUUGUAACACGUGACUGCUCUGUACAUAAGCCACUGAAAUGAAGAUAAUAAAUCUCGAAUGAACACC